AUGGAAGAAAGAGAGGACGUGGAGGUUGUCGGCGUCCCAGUGGAGGGUGUGGAGUAUGUGGAAGUCGUCGGCGUCCCAGUGGAUGUGGGGGAUGAUGUGGAAGGAGUAGAGGUGGUGGAGGACAUUGAAUUUGUCGAGGUCCUGAUGGAAGGUGUGGAGGAAGUGGAGGACGAGGUAGUCCAGAUGGAAGUGGUAGAGGACGAGGUGGUCCAGAUGGAAGUGGUGGAGGACAUGGAAUUUGUUGAGGUCCAGAUGGACGGAGGGGAUGACGUGGAAGGGGUAGAAGUGGUAGAAGUGCAGAUGGACGAAGUGCAAGCGGAACUGGAGUUUGAGGACAUGCUCGACGAGUUGCAGCCAGACGUCGACGAAGAGUUCCGACCACUUGCCGUGGAUGAACAACCCCGAGGGCGUGCGCCAAUAAUUGACAGGCAGGCAGGCGUGACACACCCGCUUCCAGAGCGGCACAACGCGGGCGCGUUAAACAGAAUCUGCACACAGUGUAACGCCCGCCACUUCGAAGGCGAGGUUGUGGGCCGGGAUGCCAAUAGGCACUUCUCCACUUGCUGUAACAACGGUCAAGUGACCGCUGCAGGACAACACGCGUUGUUGCCCGCCCCUUUUUUACUAAUGAGUUUGUUGAUUGGAGAUUCACAGGAUAGUCGUAGAUUCCGAGACGACAUUCGCCGGUACAACAACGCCCUGGCAUUCGCUGCGUUUAGCUGUGGCACAGACGACAGGCGUUUGCGUGGGCGUGGACCGCGAACGAUGUGUAUCCAAGGCCAAACUUAUCAGAGGAUAAAUAAUGACGUGGCCGUUGACCGAGUAGAUGCCAACUACUGUCAAUUGUAUUUCCUCGAGUCCGCAGAGGCCAACACCCGCCGCGUUGGGAUGGCUCUGCAGAGAAAUCAGCGUGAACUGUCCGUAGUUGUGAUGGGACUAUUGGACGGUUUUCUGCGGGACGUAAAUCCGUACGCAAUGGCUUUUAAGAACAUGCGUGAGGUGUGGCUGGCAGAAAGAGACCUAGCCGACGCCGAUCCCGCAGGUGUGCGACCUAGGCCAGUGACGAUGCAUUUUGUCCGAGAUGCGGCCCGGGACGACGGGCGAAACAACCUGCCUACCGCAAACGAAGUUGCGGCCGUGUUCGUAGGCGAAGGGGGUCGUCCGCCAAGAGACAUUAAUCUGGUCAUCUACGAUACGAAUCCAAUCAACCCGCAACACAGGAUGCAAACCAUACCAGCGGGGUCGUGUCACUCGGAUCCGAUGUUGUAUCCGCUGUUUUUCCCGUACGGCGAGGCCGGUUGGCAUAACGGGAUGUUGCAAGCGGGCAACCGACGAAACAAUGUCCGUAAUCGCAACAGUAUCAGAGCGUUUGCGUCCUACCGUUUGGCUGUUAGAUAUCAGGGAAAUAACGACCAAAGGCAUGAACUGUUUAGUUUAUUACAUCAAGGUCGGUUCUUGUUGCAGAUGUAUGUGUGCGACCAGUAUGUUCGAAUGGAGUCGAACAAUCUGAACUACAUACGUUUGCACCAGAGGGAUCUCCUCGCCGAAGCGUAUCAAGGGCUCAUGGACCAUGUGAACCAACAGCUCCACGUCGAUCCCAUGGCGGUCGGGCGUAGGGUCAUAUUGCCGUCGACGUUCACGGGUAGCGACCGAUUCAACAAGAUGAAUUAUCAAGACGCCAUCACCAUAGUGCGUACCAAAGGGAAACCCGACCUGUUCAUAACGUUUACGUGCAAUCCCAGGUGGCCAGAGAUCACUGAAAACCUGGCUGCCCACAGCACGGCAAGCGACAGGCCGGACCUGGUGGCCAGAGUGUUCAACAGGAAGCUACAGGAGCUAAUAGGUGACAUAACUGUGAAUCGUGUGUUUGGUAAUGUCGGCGCUUACGUGUACACUAUCGAGUUUCAGAAACGUGGUCUGCCCCAUGCGCAUAUACUGAUAAUCCUGGCAGAGGACUGUAAGUUCCGCACGGCCGAGGACGUGGACGGCGUGGUUUGCGCCUUCUUGCCGGACCCCGCAAUCGACAGGCGCUUACUCUUGGCGCUUUUUGCUUAUUUACUUGAAUUAUAUAAUAAUAAUAAUACCAAUCACAACACCAGACGUUACGUAAACUCAAGAUAUGUCAGCCCACCGGAAGGCAUCUGGCGGUUGUUUUCGUACAAAUUGCACGGCAAAAGUCACACGGUCGUCAGACUUCCUGUCCACCUGGAGGGUCGUCAGAACGUGUACUUUGCGCCGGGCCAAGCAGAAGAACGGCUACAGAACCAAGCUGUGCGUAGUACAAAACUCACGCAGUUCUUCGCGCUCAACACAACAGACGUGAAUGCUCGACAAUACUUGUACCAAGAAAUACCGACGCAUUACACCUGGCAGAUGCCACGUAAUCAAGAAAACGUACUCGUAAGAAAUGUCACCCAAUGGUUGCCGCGGCGGAUUCGGAUGGCAAACGUUACGUUGGCUCGGAUGUACAUAGUAAACCCACUGGACCGGGACCGUUUCCACCUGAGAUUGCUACUUCUGAACCGAAGAGGCCCGAAGUCCUUUCAAGACAUAAGGACGGUGGACGGGGUCGUUCACGAAACAUUCACGGCGGCUGCCGUUGCACUCGGAUUAUUGGAAGACGACCGAGCGUGGCGGGGUUGCUUGACGGAAUCGGCGACGUUGGACACACCGCGGCAGCUGCGGUAUCUGUUCGUCACUAUACUGGUGUUCUGCGAGCCCUCAAACCCGCUGGCGUUGUACGAGGCGAACGAAGCAAACAUGAUGGAGGACUUCAACCGCCGUCUCCAAGAUGUCGACCGCGCGAGGGCCACGUGUCUGGCGGCCAUCGAGGAUCUACUUCGUGUACACCGGAAAUCGCCGGGCUACUACGGUCUGCCACUCGCCGACCCCCGUCUACUGGAACCGCUGCAGGACGACGCGCUGUUCCGGGCAAUAGACGCGGCGGCACGGUGGGCCCCACAAGUAGACGCCUUGAACGCCGAACAGCGAACGAUGUACGACCGCGUGAUGGCGGCCGUCGACGACCAACGCGAGGUGGCGAAAACUUUCUUCGUCGACGGACCCGGGGGUACCGGAAAAACGACGCUGUACGGAUGCCUGAUAUGGGCGCUUCGGCACCGACCUCCGCAGCGGGAGGUGUUGUGCGUGGCGUUCACCGGUAACGCCGCGUCGCUCAUGGACGGCGGCAUGACCGUACACUCGACGUUCGGACUGCCUUUCGGCACGCUGACCGAAGACUCGACGUCCAGCGUCACCAUGCAGUCCGAGCGAGCGCAGAAGAUACGCAACGCGGCGCUCAUCGUCUGGGACGAAGCCCCAAUGUCGCCGGGACUGCGGUGGUGGACCGCCUGCCCAGGGACGUCAUGGCAUCGGAAUUACCGUUCGGCGGUAAAACCAUGCUGUUCGCCGGCGACUUCAGGAAGAUAUUGCCCGUGGUCCGGAGAGGGACAUCGUGAUGUUGCUCAGAAAUCUCGAUCCGAGGAGACGACUGUGCAACGGAUUUUGGGCGGUGAAGCACAGGACGACGACAUCGUCGUGCCCAAGAUACCGCUCACGUCCAGCGGUGAGGACGACCUGCCCAUCUUACUGCGGCGCCUUCAAUUCCCGGUGAGAUUGUCGUUCGCCAUGACCAUCAACAAGUCGCAGGGUCAGACGUUCGACCGUGUAGGUUUGUUACUGACGUCGCCUGUGUUCACGCACGGGCAACUGUACGUGGCGUUUUCGAGGGUGAGAAACGCACAGUCCGUGAGAGUCGGCAUGUACGCCGAUGACAGCGGCCGAUUCGUCACCAAGAACAUAGUGUACAGGGAAGUUCUGUAA